AUGGCGGAAACAGAAGAGCGUCCCUCAAAAAUGAGGAAGCUCGAACCUGUCAACGAUAUUAGUAUCUCCCAGACGGAUGGGCAAGAUGACAUUGAAAACGAUUUAAAAACCUCACAACAAUCUAUUGAGAAACACGAAACUGAAAGCGCCGUACCCUCGGACUCAGAACAUGAAGAGGAAGAACAAGAUGUUAACAAAAACAAGACAGCCGGUGGUCUUGCGGGCGACUCGGGGACUCCCUCUAUGUCCAAGAACCAAUUGAAGAAGAUUCGCAGAAAGGCUGCGUGGGAAGCCGGCAAAGACUAUCGAAAGGAACAGAAGAAGGCCAAGAUAACUGCGAAGAGGGCACAACGAGCAGCAGAUAAGGCCGAAUUGCUUGCGAGUGGCAUUGACCUAGCCGCCCUGGCGAAACCACGUCCGACACCAUCAACACAAGUUCCCGUAACGCUACUAUUGGAUUGCGAUUUUGAUGGCUAUAUGACGGACAAGGAGGUUAUGAGCUUGGGUCAGCAGAUUACGAGGUGUUAUAGCGACAAUAAGCAUGCAAAAUACCGAGCGCACCUGGUUGUUAGCAGCUUUGGCGGGCGACUAAAAGAAAGAUACGAGACGGUGCUGUCGAACCAUCAUUUAGGUUGGAAGGGCGUUACAUUUUCGGAGAAGUUCUUCGUCGAGGCAGCAAAAGAUAUCCAUGAUGUUAUGAUUGGGUCCGAAGGGGGAAGGGUGAAGGGUGCAUUGCUAGGCGCUUUACUUCCAACAGACAACAUUCCGGUACUGGUUCAAGAGCCAGACACGAGCGAUAAAAUCCAGCAACCAAACGAACCAGCCUCGGAGCCAGAAAAGCAAACUACAGCUCAACCCGCCCAGGCCGCGAAUGGUUCUGAGUCAUCAAUCCCUUCUGAACCAGUAUCGACGCCCCAAAUUCCCGAUAUUCCAAUUCCAACUACUCCCCAAAUCGUGUACCUCUCUUCCGACUCCGAGCACACCCUUGACUCACUCUCACCAUACACUACCUAUGUUAUCGGCGGCAUUGUAGAUAAGAACCGCCACAAAGGGCUAUGCCACAAACGGGCCAACGAGCUCGGCAUCCCGACAGCGAAGCUACCCAUUGGAGAGUAUAUGCAGAUGCAGAGCCGCACAGUACUAACAACGAACCAUGUGGUUGAGAUCAUGGCGAACUGGCUGGAAACUGGGGACUGGGGGGAGGCAUUCUUGAAGGCGAUUCCAAAGAGGAAGGAGGCCGUCUUGAGGAAGGGUGGAAAGAAACAGAGGCCAGAGAAUGGAAAAGAAGGUGAAAAUGAAGGCGAAGAUGAUGUUCUGGAAGAAGAUACGAUGGAGAUGGAUGAAACGAAUAAUGAUGAAGCUACACCCAAAGAUUCGAAAGGGCAGAAUGCUGCAGCGGUUGAUGAGACAGUUUAA